GAAUGGCAACCUAUGGCUAUUUUGGUACAAGGAGGAGUCAAUUGAUCCCAUCUGGCUUCUCCUGCUCCCUCACCCUUUUCAAAUUUUUAGUUCAGAAAUCUCUUUUCUUUCUGACCCGGAAUCAAUACGUAUUAUAGAAAUGCUUUUAGAAUGAAGUCCGGGCUUAAAAACUGUGAUGAUAAUUCAGUUUUCAACGUUUUGAAACUCUGUAAUGGGAUUCAUAACACUCCCCACUUGGCUUCUCUUUUCAUCUUUUGUUGAACUCUCUUUUAUUCUUUUUAGUCUUUGAAUGCUAUAUGGGGAAAGGUCAGAGGUUAACGACGAGCAGAAGCGAGCGGUAUUUGGGGAGCUACGGCUACGAUAACGGCCACCGGACGGACGUGAACGACGUGUCGGAGCUUGUAGAGGGUGAUAUUUGGUCGACGGUCGACGAUGCGUCAGAGAGAAACGAGACCGUUGUUAUCGAUAAUAAUAAUAUUAAUGAAAACAAUUCGCAAAGCGACUGGAGUCCACAUGAUUCGGUGGAGAGUAACGGGAGUUAUCGUCACCGUCGGGCACUACGGGACGGCCACCACGUGGGAGGGUUGUCGUUGGCUUUUGAAACUGCGUCGUCGCAGAGAAUUGUGCAUCAGUUCAGAGGCGGUGGGAGUGACGGGACGUCUGCAUCCCCACGUGGGCAUCAAAUGGCUACGUCAGCACCCUUGAACGUCCCUGAUUGGAGUAAGAUUUACCGGGUAGACUCGGUCGAGUCGUUGCAUGACUCAGACGACGGGCUGGACGACCGUGACUCAGAGAUGAUCCCCCCACACGAGUACUUGGCUCGAAGCCGCAGAACGAGCGGAGCUUCUGUUUUCGAAGGCGUGGGUCGGACCCUCAAGGGACGCGACUUGAGGCGUGUGAGAGACGCAGUGUGGAGCCAAACCGGAUUCGAUGGUUAGGGUCCUUGGCAACUGAACCUAGCAGUGAAAUUGGCUACGGUCACUGCUCGUCUGGGUCCCAACACUGACUUGGCUUGGCAGUUAUGGUCAUCGCUCAAUAAUGCCGCCCACAGUUUGUCAUUUACGGUAACAACGAUUAAAUGACCAGAAACCAAGACAAAGAAGUGAAAAAAAAAAAAACACACACACACACAACUGACACCCAGGGUGAAAAUUUAUGCGUAAAACAGUGGGUAUAGUGGGUCGCGUCAUGCUUGGGCUUUGGGCCUGAUGAGAGAAUGUGAUUUUCCUAUGAGCAAUGUUAUUUAUUAAAUUUUAAAUA